AUGGGUAAAUUGACAUCAUUCAAAACGUAUCCACAUUACUCGCAUCAUGAGGCAAAGUCGCCGGUUGACGUGACCGCCAUAGUGCUUUCUAUUGCAAUCUGUAGUUAGCACAAACCGCGUGAUUGAGCGUCAAAAUCCCCAAAUGACCAGCAAGAUGUCUUUGUGCGAAAUCGUCCUAAGACCUGACAGAAAUUUCAUUGUCUACACCAGGUGCAUUAAGGGCUGAUUUUGCAAUAUCUUACUUUGCACUAGACUCAUGUGGAGGACAAUUAUCAGAAAAUUGGAUUAUACGCACGAUGGUUAGGAGGCAUGUGACUACUGUGCAGUAUGACGCACAGUCGAGUGUCUUUUCUAAAUGUAAUUCAAAAUGUCACCGCACAAAACUCCACCCACGUGUUGACGCAGUAGCUCCCCCCUGCUGUCAUCAGUUAGAUAGCAGUUGUUCCCUCGUAAGAGUGUCGUUUUCAACAGGAGUCACACAGCCCAAUUAAACCAAACCGCAAGAUAGGCCACCUGGCACUUUUCAACAGCGUGAUGCUUAAGCAUGGCAAGUCGGCGUGACUAUGAAAAAUUGCGCACUUUUGUAUGUACUAUUUUUGUCUGCAUUAUACGCACCAAUUAGGACCAAAUGAUGCGGGCCUGAUUUGGUCAAACUCCACUCAGGCCCACAUCUGUGAAGUUAUGGGUCACGCAGCCCAAACUAAUAGACUCCCGCCAUCUCUUUCGGUCUUCUCAUUCAGUGCUUCCUCGUUUGCGCCCUCUUCUUACAAGAGCUGAUCACAAACUAGCGGUUUGUCAGCCUCUAUCACUUUCUCCUCCUGUCUCCUCUACUCCUUUACUUCAACUACCCCAGUCGUGGUCCUACUCCUCAUCCUCUUUCUGUUCGUCUUGGUCUUCAUCUUUCUUCACCUUCCCUUCCUUCUAUGAGCCCUAUAAAUCUUCCUCCUUCUCCAGCUCGUGCUCAGUUGUACCGACCUCAAUCAUGUCCUCAUUUUCCAGUGCCUUCUACUUCUUUAGCUCCACAACCUUGCAUCACUUGACAAAAUCUCCUUUCCCACCCCCAGCUCCUUUUCCUUAACAUUUCUCUCCUUGUUCCGUACCUCCACUAAAGUCCUCAUGAAUGGGUUACGCCUAUCCAUUUUGCGCACGACUAUCUGUCCGAUAUGGCCAAUUACGUAUUCUUGAGAAAGGAGACGCGAUCGCUGUGACAAUAGCUUUUUUAGCCUGACGUUUUAGAUUCCUGCUGAAACCCAACAUCAGAGAAAAAAGCAGGUACUGGUGGUUUAUUCACAAGAGGCUGCAGUCGCCAUGCUACCGCAUAAACCUGAACACUCACAUCCCCCUCCUUCAUCCAGGAUCGUCGCACUUCGUGUGCGACGGUGUGAUCGGAGGCCUACGGGGGUGAAUUAAGGACUGAUUUUGCGAUAUUUCAUUUUGCACUCGACUUAUGUGGAGGACGAUUAUCAGAAAAUUGGAUUAUACGCAAGACGGUAAGGAGGCAUGUGACUACUUUGCAGAAUGAGUCACAGUCGAGUGUCUUUUCUUAAUUGAAUAUGCGAUACCGCAACGCAUUAAACCACCCGUGUGCGGACGUAUUAGCUCCCUCCUGCAGUCGUCAAUUAGACAGAAGUCAAUUCACACCAAGUGCUCCACAGUAAGGGUGUUGUUUUCAACAGGAAUCCUACAGCCCUCCUAAACAAAACCGCCAGAAGAUCUACGUUCCAAAUUUCUAGAGCGUAGUUGGGAAGCAUGGCAAGUCUGCGAGGCCUUUAAACAUUUUAUAAUACGGCUUUUUUUCAACUAAGACGCACAACUUAAAGCCGUGUGAUGGAGGCCUGCUUCGAGUAAACUCCAUUGACACCCAUAUCAGGGACGUUGUCGGUCACGCAACUCCUACGCCUCGACCACAGAUUCCUCACGGCUUUCGCAUUUUGCAAUUACUCCUUUACGUCUCUUCGUUCUCUACUUAAACACAAGCUAACCUUUUGUCCGCCUUUACAACUUUCUCAUCCUAUCUCCCAUUGUUCAGUUCCUCCUCCACCUCCUCCCCUUCCACUCCAACUACCCAAUCGUGGUCCCAAUCCUCAUGCUUUUGCUGGAUUUCCAGUUCGCCACUCUCCACCACCUUCUUAUUAUCUUAUGAGUCCUCUACGUCUCCCAUCUUCUCCCACUCAUACUCACUUGCAUCGACCUCAACCAUGUCCCCAGAUUCCGGCUCUUUCCACUUAUUCAGCUCCACCACCUUGA